AAGGAUAGGCAAAAACUUUGCCUUUGGACAAAGUAUAUAGUACAAGAUAGUAAACAUUACACAAACUAAACUCAUCGACUCCCAUUUUCCUCCUCCUCACCUUGAUAUUCUCAUCAUUCUCACACACCUUAUCAUCAUCGAAUCAAAAUUCAAAAGGCCCAUACUUGCUCAACAAAUCAACAAAACAUCUAUCAUCUUCUUCCUAAAACCCAAAUCAAAAAGCAAAAAUGAUGCACAUGACCUUUUAUUGGGGGAAAAAAGUAACCCUUUUGUUCGAUUUCUGGAGAACUGAUUCAUGGACUAGCUAUGCAAUCACUUUACUCGCUUGUUUUAUCUUCUCCCUUUUUUAUCAAUACAUGGAAGAUCGUCGUCAACGAUUUAGGAUUCUCUCUGCCAAUUCCAAGAGGAAUUACCCUCCGCCUACAGCUCCCGUGAAUGCUCCCCUUCUUUACACUUUUCCUGCCGUAGGCGCUAAUUGGAACUCCGCGAGAUUUGCUACGGCGAUCCUUUUUGGGGUUAACUCGGCGAUUGGGUAUUUCCUUAUGUUGGCCGUUAUGUCAUUCAACGGCGGCGUUUUUGUGGCCGUCGUUCUGGGUUUGGCGAUCGGAUAUUUGCUCUUUAGGAACGGCGAUGAGGAUGAUGUCCGCGUUGAUAAUCCAUGUGCCUGUGCUUGAUAUGAUAUUAGUUAAUGGGUUUGGUUGUAUGUAUUUUUAUCCAUACAGAUUAAAAUAUUUUCCUUUUUUAGAUAGUAGUAUUGGAUGUGUAGUUCCCCUGUUGAUCUUUUACAUUUACUUGUGUUGUAUUUCUUCAUCUCAAUAUAAUUUCACCUUUCUCUUUCCCA